AUGCAGGAGACACCGUUCUGCCUCAGAGUUGGACACCUUCUCCCCUACUCUAUGUCAUAUUCCAACACAACCGACUUCACCAACCCCUCCAUCUUCAUCCUACUUGGAAUUCCUGGCUUGGAGACAGCCCAUGUCUGGAUCUCCAUUCCCUUCUGCACCAUGUACGCCAUAGCUGUCUUGGGGAACUUCACCAUCCUGUUUAUUGUGAAGAUGGAGCGGAGCCUCCAUGGACCCAUGUACUAUUUCCUGUGUAUGCUGGCCAUCACCGACCUGGUCAUGUCCACAUCCACCCUACCCAAAAUGCUGAACAUCUUCUGGUUCAAUUCCAGAGAGAUCAGUUUCAGUGCCUGCCUCACUCAGAUGUACUUCCUUCACUGCUUCUCAGCGAUGGAAUCUGGAAUCCUCGUAGCCAUGGCUUUUGAUCGCUACGUAGCGAUCUGCGAUCCCCUGAGACAUUCCACAAUCCUGACAAACCCUGUUGUGGUGAAGAUAGGCCUGGCUGUGGUGCUGCGCAGUGGCAUACUCGCAUUACCCUAUCCCUUCCUGGCGAGCCGGUGGCCAUAUUGCAGAACCAACAUCAUCCCCCACUCCUACUGUGAGCACAUAGCUGUGGUGAAUCUGGCCUGUGCUGACAUCCGUAUCAGUAGUUACUACGGCCUGUUUGAUCUUUUCUCUGUGAUCGGAAUGGACGUGUUUUUCAUCGCUGUGUCCUAUACUCAGAUCCUCAGGGCUAUCAUCCGCCUCCCCACGAAAGAUGCCCAGCUCAAAACUUUUGGAACCUGCAUCUCUCACCUUUGUGCCAUCUCAGCUUUGUACAUCCCAGAUUUCUUCUCCUCUCUCACGCACCGGUUUGGCCAUAAUGUGCCACUCCAUUUCCUCGUUCUCAUUGCCAAUGUGUACCUUCUGGUGCCACCCUUGCUACACCCCAUCAUCUACGGGAUGAGGACCAAAGAAAUCCGGGGAAGGCUGCUACGGCUCUUUACCCACAAAGACACCUAA